AUGCCGUCCUGCUCGCACGAAGCGCACGACCACGACCACGGAGGGUGUGAUGGCCACGACCACGAUAUCCCCCUCAGCGCCGGACCGACGGAUAGCCUGUACCCCGUCAUUGACACGGAGCAUGUCGUCGCUUUGAACGCCGCGGGUGGCGGGGAGAAGGGCAGGGUGGUGAUCAAGGAGUGGGCAGAGAAAGAUGACGAGACGAUUUGGCUCGAGAGCGAACUGGACGACUCCUUGAUUCUCCACAUCCCAUUCACCGCGUCCGUCUCGCUGAGAUCCAUUACGCUCAAGGCCGGACACGGCGGAUUUCGUCCCUCUGAAAUGCGUGUGUUUGUGAAUGCCGCCGGUCUCGACUUUUCCGACGCCGAGGCCCGUGAGCCUACCCAGGCCUUUGAUGUUAUUGAGUCCCGAGAGGCUGGAGAGUACCAGGUCAAGGCGGCAAAGUUUGCCUCUACGACCAGCCUGGCGCUCUUCUUCCCGAACAACGAGAGCGAGGGUGAGGACGAGGAGACGACAAGGAUAUACUAUGUCGGUCUGCGCGGCAGCUGGCGUCCGCUGCCAAACAAGCUCGGCGAGAUCAUCUACGAGGCGGCGCCGCGACCAACCGACCACAAGGUGCACGAGGGGAUCUCCAACGCCGCGCGCCAGGGCCUCUAA